UCAGCGCUGUCUAUCCAGUGUACUAUUCCGGGAGAAAAGGGGGAAAAUAAUACCUUCAAGAUUGGUUAUUCCUAUCUAAAACCUUCCACCACCAGCCCGGGAGUAAGCGGCCUUCGCGGUGGAAUGUGCAUUUCCAACCUGUGUCCUAUUUGUGAAUGUAAAUGCACAUGUAGUCGCAGCCCACCGCUCGGAUUCAAAGGGAAUAUAAGAGCUGAGGCUGACAGCGGAGCUUUACCUUCAAGAAACGGGACCAUUUCGAAGGAUUUGGACGUCUUCGCCACAUCUGAAAGAAUCGGAGCCCGUCCAAGAAGGAUGGGGGGACUAUCUGUGCGCAAUCCGGAGCAUUGAUGAUGCGAGGGGGGAGACACAUUUCAGCAACAAAAGCGAGGGCAGAGAAGGCCCUUUUGGAUUGAAAAAAAAACAGCAAGGAACAGCCAUCAUAAAUAAGAAGGAAAAUCGCUGAAAUUAACUAUUUCCAGGGAUCAGCGUGAAGCCGAGGCUGGAUCCAAGAUCCCCGGGGUGAUUUACUGCACAUAAAACGAGGCUAAAUAACGACGGAAGCGAUGGAAAUAUCACCCAUGUAGUUAUUUUUAAGUGUAAAUAUAUAUUUUCCUUGUGUCCACUGUUCGUCUCUGCGCGGACAACGACGGGCAUUGGGGAAAAUCUAUAGGAAGUAUACUUAAACACAAAGAAAUGUGGAUUAUAAAACGUGCCAAAAAGACCCAUACCACCGUACGGGCGAGUCGUUCUGACAUGCCGAGCUUGUGUCCCUGUCACGGGCGACAGUGAGACGCAAGACCCGGGCCGCGGGAUGCAAAUUAGCUCCUUAAUGCUAUAUCAAUCUGAAAGCAGAAGAGGUGAAGUCCUCACUUAGACUCGAAAUCACCGGAUUACACUUAGUAUUGGCACGCGGGUUAAGAAAUAAACAUUGCAUGUGAAGGAAAAGGGAAAAGCCGAGGAGAAGCGAACCGAGAGAGACGGCGGCCUUGGUGUCGUCAUCAGCCGUAUCCUGCUGCUGACCAACAUCUCCACACACUCGUUAUGUAGACACAGCCACAAAGUACUCGUUAUGCAUCAACAAUUAAAACACACGGGGACACGUUUUUAACAACAACCAGGGGGGACGACAAUAUCUCUACCAAACCCCGACCACAGCAGACGUCGUGAAUGACGACGUGAAUGUGGCUGACACUUGUGCCCCAUAACGCGCGGGUCCGACGGGGAAUCUAGAAAGAGUUCGUGUUGUAUUUAUCGAUUCACCGACCGCGUCCCCCUCCCCCGGACCCCUGCUCUCUCCUGCGGGAAGAUGGGUUGUUUGGGCAACAGCAAGACCGAAGACCAGAGGAAUGAGGAUAAGGCACAGAGGGAGGCGAACAAGAAGAUAGACAAGCAGCUCCAGAAGGACAAGCAGAUCUACAGAGCCACGCACAGACUACUACUCUUGGGUGCUGGAGAGUCUGGGAAGAGCACCAUUGUCAAACAGAUGAGGAUUCUUCACGUCAACGGCUUCAAUGCAGAGGAAAAAAGACAGAAAAUACACGACAUUAAGAAUAAUAUUAAAGAGGCCAUUGAGACCAUCAUAACGUCGAUGAGCACCCUUCGACCACCGGUGCUGCUCGCCUGUCCACAGAACCAACACCGGCUCGAAUACGUCCUCAAACUCGUCAGCCAGAAAGACUUUGAGUUCCCUUCUGAGUUCUACGACCACGCUAAGUCACUAUGGCAGGACAACGGCGUGCGGGCCUGCUUCGAGCGCUCCAACGAGUAUCAGCUCAUCGACUGUGCGCAAUACUUUCUGGACAAGAUCGACAUUGUGAAACAGAACGACUACACUCCCACUGACCAGGAUCUACUCCGAUGCAGAGUUCUCACCUCCGGGAUCUUUGAGACAAGAUUUCAAGUGGAGAAGGUCAAUUUCCAUAUGUUCGAUGUCGGGGGACAGAGGGAUGAACGUCGGAAAUGGAUCCAGUGCUUUAAUGACGUGACGGCCAUUAUCUUCGUGGUGGCCAGCAGCAGCUACAACAUGGUGAUCAGAGAGGACAACCAGACCAACCGUUUACAGGAGGCCCUCAACCUCUUCAAGAACAUCUGGAACAACAGGUGGCUGCGGACCAUCUCCGUCAUCCUGUUCCUCAACAAGCAGGACCUUCUGGCCGACAAGGUUCUGGCGGGAAAGUCCAAAAUCGAAGAAUACUUUCCCGAGUUUGCGCGCUACACCACACCCGACGACGCGGCGCCGGAGCAAGGGGAGGACCCGCGGGUCACCAGGGCAAAGUACUUCAUCAGAGACGAGUUCCUGAGGAUCAGCACGGCGAGCGGGGACGGUCGCCACUACUGCUACCCCCACUUCACGUGCGCCGUGGACACGGAGAACAUCCGCCGCGUCUUCAACGACUGCCGGGACAUCAUCCAGCGCAUGCACCUGCGGCAGUACGAGCUCUUGUGAUCGGCCGGCGAGGACGGCGGUCGCGGCGCCGAGGGGUCCGGGGCGCCGCCCGACAGAACCCACACAGAUUGUACUCUGAACCCUCUGACCUCCGACCCCUCCAGUGUCCUACCACCCCUCCCCCUCCCUCCCUCCCUCCCUGCCUCCCUCCCUCCCCCUCUCUCUCUCUUUCUCUCCCGGCCGCGCAGGGGAGAGCGUGUGAAUCGAAUCGAGCCCGACAGAAAAGAGGCCGAUUCAGAACUUGUGCCAGCGCAAUGAACCCCUGCCCCGAGCCCUAGCACCACCCACCUCUCAGCACCUAGCCCCCAACACCCCCUGUCCCCCAACACCACCCAGCCCUAAGCCCCUCACCCCCACACCCCCUUACCCCCACAACCCCGGUCCACACUAGCAAGAUAAGUUUUGAUGCAGAGCAUGGGAAGGGCUAAAGAGAUGCUCUGUUGUAUUCUGACAUCAACACCCCCCCCCCCCCCCCCCUCCACUCUGCCAUGAUCUUCCCCUCAUUGUGACCAUCACCCCCAUCCCAGUGCCAUCCCAGUGCCAUCCCAGUGCCAUCCCAGUGCCCUGCCGACUUCAUCUCCACUGUUUGUUCAAAAGGCGGAGUUUAGUUUCAUAUUGAGGAGGAGGAGGAGGAGAUUUUUAAUAUUUGAAAAGAGAGCUAAUGCAGUGCAACCUGGAAAGAGAUUAUUGUUGAAAUCCUGCAUAUAGAGUAUAUACAUGUCACCACAGAUCAGCUGAAAUUCACUGUAUUUAAGAAAUAAACUAAAAAGAAAAAAAGACGACAAAAAAAAAAAAAAGCACUGUGCCCAGGAAUGAAAGUGAUCUCUCGGCAGAAACGUGAACAGGCAACACACACACACACACACACACACACACACACACACACACACACACACACACACACACACACACACACACACACACACACACACA